GUCAAUACCAAAGCUUAAUGUUUCUGUGCUAAAAGAGGAGAGUUCUUUGUGGGUAAGAAUUUAGCUCAUGAAGUGCUGUGGUCAGCUGCACCUUCUGCCUUUCUUGAUGUUUCUGUGCUGAAAGAGGACAGUUCUUUGUGGAAGAUGAGUCUGGAAGCUAGUACGUAUUUGUAAAGGGAUAUUUCUGCUUGUCACAUGAUGUCUACCUAGGUUUGUUCCAAGUUUAACGAGGAUUCAGGUUGCUGCAAUAAAUUCGCCGAAAAUUAUUCAGAAUCCCAAGAAGUCUGUUUUACCUAUGGACUGCACAUCCAGUCCCUUCUCUCAAGAGUGUGCAGGAAGUGAUCACUCAUGUCGACAAGAUGAUGGAGAAAACAUUUUCUACCAAAAGUUAUCCUACAGAAAUAUUUUUGUUGACAUGGAAGAACAAUCAAUUCCUUGCACACCAAGGACGGCUCAAGCUUGUAAGAAGAUUCCCGUUACAGUAAUCACCUCUGUCAAGCAUUCUAAGCAUUCAAAUGGAAGAAAGAUGAUCAAUGAGUAUGUAAAAGAAAGGAAGAUCAACCAAGGAAGCUAUGGUAGAGUGGUUCUUUAUCGAAACAGUAACGAUGGAAUCCCAUAUGCUAUUAAGGUUGUUUGUAAGUCUCGUUUGCGCAAGUUGCGCAUCACACAAUCAGAAACAGCCAUGACUGAUGUUCUCAGAGAAGUUUCCAUAUUGAAAACAUUGGAACAUCCAAACAUAAUCAACCUAGUUGAGGUGAUUGAUGACCAAAAAUCUGAUUAUAUGUAUAUGGUUCUUGAAUACGUGGAAAGCAGUUGUAUGAGCAACAUUUCGGAGACGAAAGGACAGAUUGAUGAAACAACUGCAAGAAGAUAUUUCAAGGAUGUAAUUGCUGGCCUCAUUUAUUUGCAUCACCAUCAGAACAUCGUGCAUGGUGAUAUUAAGCCAGAAAAUCUUUUGGUCACUACAAGUGGAAGGGUGAAGAUAGUUGAUUUCAGCUUUGGCCAUGCCUUUGAGGAUGACAAUGAUGGGUUAUUGAGAUGUCCUGGAACUCCAGCUUUCACAGCACCUGAGUGCUGUUCAGAUACAGUUUACCAUGGGAAAGCUGCUGAUACAUGGGCUGUUGGUGUUACCUUAUAUUUUAUGGUGGUGGGCUGCUGCCCUUUUCUUGCCGAUAGUGCACCUGAAACUUAUGACAAGAUUGUUAAUGGUCCCUUGUCACUCCCAGAAGAAUUAAAUCCUGACCUCAAAGAUCUGCUCCAAGGCCUUCUCUGUAAAGAUCCAACCCAAAGAAUUACCUUGAAUGGUGCAGCUGAGCAUCCAUGGAUGGUCAAAGAGGGAGGUCCAGUCCCUAUAAACUGCAUUUAAAGCUGCAGGAAGAGUAGAUGACACAGCGUAAAGGGCCCAAGCAAAUAUCAGUUCAAAAUUCUAGUAGAUUUAUUAAAUUAUUCAAUUUAAAAAAGAAAUCCAUGAUUAUAGCAUUUUCUAAUAGAACUAAUUACAUAAAUUUCAAUGAUAUUUUCAACUCGCUAAA